UUUGAGUAUCAGCGUAUGCAACAAACGAUGAGAUUUAAGAUACUACCAUUGUUCAUUUUCCUCUCUCUUGUUACCUUGUUCAUCUGCACAGAUUCGUUUUCGGACCAAAAUGGCGUUGUUCCGAGCUCUGAUUCGUCGUUUUCAUCGCCACUUCUGGUCAAGAAGGACCAACGCACGCCAAUCGUCGCGACGGAGUAUGGAGAAAUAUCAGCCGUCCAGAUCGGUGAUGGGUAUCAUCUUCAGUUCAUAACAUUGGAGCCAAACGCACUCUUGCUUCCUCUUCUUCUCCAUUCCGACAUGGUUUUCUUUGUUCACACUGGUACUGGGAUUCUGAAUUGGAUCGACGAGGAGAGCGAGAGGACGUUGGAAUUAAGACGAGGAGAUGUUUACAGGCUACGUUCCGGUACAGUCUUCUAUGUACAUAGCAACGAAGAUUCAGACAAACUUAGGGUUUACGUAAUCUUCGAUGUGGGGAAGUGUUUAAACGAUCCGUGUCUUGGAGCCUACUCGAGUGUUAGAGACCUUUUAUUGGGCUUCGACGAUAGAACUCUCCGGUCAGCUUUUGCGGUUCCUGAGGAUAUUUUGAGGAAGAUAAGAGAAGCAACAAAACCUCCGUUGAUUGUAAAUGCUCUGCCGAGAAACAGAACACAAGGCUCGGGGGAGGAUAAGUGGCAAUCACAGCUCGUUAGGCUUUUUGUCAGAGCUGAAGACGUCACUGAUCAUUUGGCGAUGAAACCAAUCGUUGAUACUAAUAAAAAGAAAUCAAGAACGUUCAAUGUUUUUGAGGAAGACCCGGACUUUGAGAACAUCAAUGGUCGGAGCAUAGUGGUAGACGAGAAGGAUUUGGAUGCUUUAAAGGGUUCAAGAUUUGGGGUUUUUAUGGUUAAUCUGACUAAGGGAUCGAUGAUGGGACCGCAUUGGAACCCUAGUGCUUGUGAGAUAUCGAUUGUGUUACAAGGGGAAGGCAUGAUUCGGGUGGUUAACCAACAGUCGUUGUCUUCUUGCAAGAACAAUAGCAAGAGCGAGAGCUUUAUGGUUGAGGAAGGAGAUGUUUUUGUUGUGCCGAAGUUUCAUCCUAUGGCUCAGAUGUCUUUCGAAAACAGUUCUUUUGUAUUUAUGGGGUAUAGCACUUCCUCAAAGACGAACCACCCUCAGUUUUUAGUAGGUCAGAGCUCGGUUCUGAAAGUAUUGGACCCGGAAGUACUUGCUGUGUCUUUCAACUUAAGUAACGAGACAAUUAAGGAAUUGUUGAAAGCUCAAAAAGAAAGUGUGAUAUUUGAGUGUGCGUCAUGUGCGGAGGGAGAGUUUGCAAAGCGUAUGAGGGAGAUUGCAGAGAGGAAGAGACGUGAGGAGGAAGAAAUUGAGCGAAAACGGGAAUAAGAGGAGGAAGCAAGGAAAACAGAAUAUAAAAGGAAGAGGGAGGAAAAGGAAGCUAAGAGACGAGAGGAAGAUAAGAAGGAAGAAACUGAGCGGAGAAGGAAAGAAGAAGAGGAAGCAAGAAAGAGAGAAGAAGAAAGGAAGAGGGAGGAGGAAGAAGCUAAGAGACAAGAGGAGGAGCGAAAGAGACGUGAGGAGGAAGCAGAACAGACACGAAAGAGAGAAGAAGAAAGGGAGAGAGAGGAAGAGAAAGCUAAGAAGCAAGAAGAAGAGAGGAGAAGACGUGAGGAAGAAGAGAAGGAGGCGAGGAAGAGAGAAGAAGAAAGGGAAAAAGAAGAGGAAAUAGCGAAGAAACGAGAGGAAGAAAGGCGGAGGAAAGAAAGAGAGGAGGUUGAGAGGAAGAGACGUGAGGACCAAGAGAGGAGGAGACAAGAAGAGAUGGCAAAGAGACGAGAGGAAGAGAGGCAGAGGAAAGAAAGAGAGGAAGUGGAAAGGAAGAAACACGAGGAAGAAGCAAGGAAGAGAGAAGAAGAGAUGGCGAAGAGACGAGAGGAAGAGAGGCAGAGGAAAGAGAGAGAAGAGGUGGAGAGGAAGAAACGUGAAGAGGAAGCUAUGAGGAGAGAAGAGGAGAGAAAGAGAGAAGAAGAAGCAGCUAAAAGAGCAGAGGAGGAACGAAGGAAACGAGAAGAAGAAGAAGAAGAGAAGCGGAGAUGGCCACCGCAGCCACAACCACCCUCCACUACCGGGGGAAAUAUGGUUGACGAGUCUUAAAAGCACAGAAACUUUCGUUUUUUUUAAUUUUCUUGAGUGU